AAUGACAGAACCUGCAGAUGGUGUCCAUCUUCAACCUCUGACACAACAUGAACCAUAGAUGGGCUCCAAAUAUCUUGGUGAAAAUAGACAGAGCAUCUUUAAUGUGUCAGACUCAUUGUCGGAGGUCUGCGGGGUUUCUGCUCUGGUUUGGAUCCUCUCACUGUAGGAUCAAUGGCCAACAUCCUACUGGCUACCUCAGCUUGAGGCACUUCCAUCAUCUGAAGCUUAAGGGCAGGAGGGGCUGGCUUUUCAAAGCAAUCCAGGUUAGGCAGAGGCUUGGGCUUCAUACCAGCUCUCCAUGUUUGAAUACUUCAACGUCCAGGUGGUCUGCAGGUCUGGGACAGCAAAUGUCUCGAGUCAGGAGUACCUUGGACACAGUUUCUAAAGCUGUGAGUGGGACACAAACAGAACUCCUGUCCAAAAUCUCUCGCCUCAAACCAAAGGCACAGAAACAGUCCCAGGUCAGUGUUGAAUCUGCUGAGGAAAAGACAAUCACCCCCACUCAUUCUCCCACUGCAUCCUCAAAGACCCCUACCCCCACUCCUCUCGCUGCUUCUGCUCAGUUGGCCGUCACUCCUGCCCUCGCCCCUGUUCGUGAUAGCAAUAAAAAGCUGAAGCGUAUUUCUCCUGCCGUCAGACCUAUUUCUACUAAGAAGCCGGAGGAGCUCCCAGCACCUCUGAAUAACAUUGGAAACAAAACCACAACUUCCAAAGAAUCUCCAGGGCUAUUCCAUCCCAGUACCUUUUCAGCCAACCUGGACGAGACCUACAGCUACCUGUCUCAUCACAUCAACUCUUACUUUGGCAGCUUCGCAAAGACUCAGGACAAGAAAGACGAUGGCGUCGACAACAACCCUCCUCAGCGACCCACCGACCUCGUACCUGUGUCUCAGAAAGAUGAACCCUCUGCCUUAGUCACCCCACCCUCCAAGAAGAGUUUGGGACAGUACUUGUCAUAUUCCGCUCCCACUGUGCAGGCAUUUGUCGGGAACUACAUUGCUCCUCUUGUUCCUAAAUUCAGAGGAGGAGAAUCUAAAAGCUCCAUGAUGGAGGAGGAGAAGAAACCUGAUGGUGUGAUGGUAAAACAGGUGGAAGGGCCCAAAAGGAAAGAGCAGAGUGCUGCAGAGGAGAAAGCCAAGAAACUCCUGCUUCAACGAGAGAAGAUCAUUGCCAGGGUGAGUGUGGACAACCGAACCCGUGCUCUGGUCCAGGCUCUCCACCGAGCGUCAGAUGUCAGGGUCUACAUCAGCAGGGUGGAGGACUUAAGUUACCACCUGCUGGAGUUUCCAGAGACCCGUGGUGUUGCAGUCAAGGAGAAGGUCAUCCCUCGUCUGCUGCGUUUGGAGCAGGCCAACGAUCCCGGCUUAAGGGCUGCAGUCAGAGAGGCUCUCGCCUUGGUUGGAUAUCAUAAACCUGUCAAAGGCCGGGGGAUACGAAUCUUGUCCAUAGACGGAGGAGGUUUACGGGGAGUCCUUGCCCUUCAGACCUUAGAGAAGCUGGAAGCCCUGACUGGCAAACCCAUUUACAAGCUGUUCGACUAUAUUUGUGGCGUCAGCACAGGAGCUGUCAUAGGGUUCAUGCUGGGCGUGAUCCAAAUCCCUGUGAAAGACUGUGAUGAUCUGUACCGGAAGCUGGGUUCAGACGUUUUCAAGCAGAACGUGAUUUUAGGGACGGUGAAGAUGGGCUGGAGCCAUGCUUUCUACGACAGCGAAGCCUGGGAGAACAUCCUCAAGGAGAAAGUGGGCUCCCACCUCUUAGUGGAGACUUCAAGAAACCCUGAAUGCCCCAAGGUGGCAGCUGUGAGCACCAUAGUGAACCAGGGCCUUCCUCUGAAAGCACACAUCUUCAGGAACUACAACCUUCUGCCCGGGGUGCGCUCUCACUACCUGGGCGGCUGCCAGCACCAGCUGUGGCAGGCCAUCCGGGCCACGUCAGCUGCUCCGGGGUACUUCCAGGAGUUCAAACUGGGAAAUGAUCUCCACCAGGAUGGAGGUCUGCUGAUUAACAACCCAACAGCUCUUGCGAUCCAUGAGUGUAAGUGUUUGUGGCCCGACACGCCACUGGAGUGUGUCGUUUCGCUCGGCACAGGACGCAUCGAAACCGCAGGCAAGACCAGCGCAACAUAUACGAGCCUCAAGACUAAACUUACCAACGUCAUCAGCAGUGCCACCGACACUGAGGAGGUUCACGCCAUGCUGGACGCUUUCCUCCCUCCCAACACCUACUUCCGCUUCAACCCCUUCCUUAAUGAAGAAAUCUCCAUGGAUGAAAGCCGGCUGGAGAAGCUCAACAUGCUGCAGGCUGAGGGCAUCCGUUACCUGGAGAGGAAUGAGGAAAAGCUGAAGAAGGUUGCUCGUCUCCUCACCCGAGAGAAAAGCUCCGUCCAGAGGGUGAAAGAGUGGGCGAGACUCCGGGCUGACAUGUACAACGGUCUGACCUCAAAGCUGUAGAGACAAACAGAAAUUACUUUUCCCAUCCCGAACACGCUCCUUGUUCUACAUUUAAAUUAUGUCACGUUACCGUGGUUACUGUAGCAUGGUCAGUGUCUUUUUUUUCCGACCAAAAGCUGUUAAAAAAAAGAAGAAAAAAACACUUUGUGAGCUGCAUCUUUAAAGCCAAACGCCUUCUGCGUUCACCAACACUUUGACUGAUCGUCUACUGUUCAUGUGCCAACAGCUUUGGCACUUCCCACUUAGGCAGUUUUCACUGCCAGCUACUUUGGCAGAGGACGUUUAUCUGGUUACUAUGUGUAUUAACGAUUUCAGCAUGAUUUUUUUAUUUUUUUAUUAUAAACUUGGAAUUUGAGGAUCUCCCUGAAUGGUAGUCCAAGUAACACUGUUGAUUUGGAGGCGUUGUGCCUGUUGACUCUCCUGCUAAUAUUAGCGCAAGUGGUAGGAAGUCAAGGCAAGCAGAGAGUUGGCAUCAAAACUAACUCCUGGUUCAAGUUAAAGCAUAUAAAUUAGAAAAGCUUGAUAGUUUUACUCCUCUUGGGUCUUAUUUCUUAAUAACCUUAACAUACUGAUGGCCCCUUUUGCAUUUUUGAAGAAGGAUAGAUGAGCUUCAUUACUGUAAGUUUCAUCUCACUAUUUAAAUUAAUUCUUUAAUUUAAUUAAGCGUGUCAGAAAAAAAUAAAAUGGAUGGAUGGAUGCCGUAGAAAUUAUAUAUAUAUAUAUUUAAAUAUAUACUCUGGAUAUUCUAAGAUUUCAUAAGUGAGCACCACUUAAUCAUCAACUUUCCUUAAAAUUAAAAUGUAAGGUCUGAGAUUUGGAGAUUUUCAAUAUAUAUAUUAUUAAAGCUCUCAUCUGCCAAUUCUGAAUUUUAGCUCACUCCAAAUUUUCUUUUAAAAGUAUAAUUACUGGCAUUCUAAAUAUUUUUUGUCCUUCCGGCUAUGAGCAGCUACUAAUGAUGUGUGAACCAGCAGCAGAGGUUGCUUCAAAGUGUUCCUGCUGCAGAGCAGUUGCUGUACAACAGGGAUUUGCCAAUUCAAAACAAAGGGAUAUUGGUUUGAGGUUGACAUUUUCCACUGUGCUUAUAAUCUUUUAUCAGGAAUUAAGCCUUAAUAGAACAGCUUCUUCUCUGUCUCUCUAUUCCUGUUGAAAAAGUAGACGCUCACCUUAACUCUUAGAUUUCAAAGCACAACAUGUUCUUAUGACAGAAACUGAAAGCUUGGAUGGAACUGAUCAACUCUGCUGUAACACGUUCAACCAUUCAGGUAUCUGAGGAAGUCCUCUUCUGAGCAGCUCACUUUCUCAGC